AUGAGCACUUCUCAUCAGCAGGCCGUGCCACUCCCCACCCAUGCUCCAACGGUACCGACAAGCACAUCGUCUACUGCACAAAAGAAUGCGCGCACAGCCUAUCCCGACAUGUUAGGCACACCUCCGAUUCCUCCCCCGAGGACUUCUUCCACACACCAUAGUCGCCGCAGUCCGAAUGGAACAUCCGCAGACAAGACCAGUAGCUCGAGACAAGGCAAGAGCAGGUCGGAUAGAAAAGAGAAUCGUGAUAAUCGCGAUCGCACGCGCGAUGACCGAAAUGGCAAAUCACGGAGGCAUCAAGCGGAGGAAGCUCCGCGCGAAGCACAGCAAUCAAAAACGGCUCCCCCAGUGACAAACCCAGCUGAGUCGGAAAUGGAAAAUAUCUCUAGUCAAGGAAACUUGGUAAAAGAACCAAGCGCAGUGAUUAGCUCCGUUCUUGUCAGUGAUCCUGCGGUGGACGCCGUGAGAGAACAAGCGCGACAAGUUGGCGCGGAACAUACCCCUUCUUCUGGUUUCGAUGGCAUGGGCGGCGACGGUGCGGAGGAGGCUCGCGGGCCCCGAAGUCGGCACGACUAUGGCAACGGGAAUGUUAUUAAGCGCAAGGAAACCACCUUCGGCUCUUACAUUCUUGGACAAACCCUCGGCGAGGGCGAGUUCGGAAAGGUCAAGUUGGGAUGGAAGCGCGACGGCAGCAUCCAGGUUGCUAUCAAGCUCAUUCGAAGAGACACGCUGGGAACCAAUCCUAGCCGCCUGCCGAAAAUCUACCGUGAAAUUGCUAUUCUGCGCGAGCUGGCACACCCCAACAUUGUGCGCCUUCACGAAAUGGUGGAAACCGACCGUCAUAUUGGGAUCAUCAUGGAGUACGCGUCAGGAGGCGAACUUUUCGACUACAUUCUGAACAACAGGUAUCUGAAAGAUAACUCCGCACGUCGACUGUUUGCUCAGCUCGUUUCCGGAGUCGGCUACCUGCACAAGAAGGGCAUUGUGCAUCGUGAUCUCAAGCUGGAAAACCUGCUGCUCGAUCGAAACCGCAACAUCAUUAUUACAGACUUCGGAUUCGCCAACACUUUCGACCCUGUGGACCCGCUAGACGAGGAGAUCGAGUAUAACCUGACCAACAAGGAAUAUGUGAAAAGAAAGAAGUUAGACAAAAUCGGUAGUAACGGUCUACGGCGAGGCGAUCUAAUGCAAACGAGCUGUGGCAGUCCUUGCUACGCGGCCCCCGAGCUUGUCGUGAGCGACUCUUUAUACACAGGCCGGAAGGUGGAUGUGUGGAGUUGUGGUGUGAUCUUGUACGCCAUGUUGGCAGGAUAUUUGCCUUUCGAUGAUGACCCAGCAAACCCAGACGGCGACAACAUCAAUCUUCUGUACAAAUACAUUGUCACUACUCCUCUCACAUUCCCCGAAUAUGUCACGCCGCAUGCACGCGAUCUAUUGAGGCGGAUAUUGGUUCCUGAUCCUCGGAAACGCGCAGACUUAUUUGAAGUUGCCCGUCAUAGCUGGCUCAGUGAAUACUCGAACAUUGUGUCCCAUAUCACAAGCAGCACAACGAACGUUAUGGAUAUCGCAAACACCACGAUCCCAUCUGGUAAGAGCAAGUCAAGGAAGCGGUUGAAUUCAAAUUGCUCACAUAUAUCUACAGAAACUCAAAAAGAAGCACCACCUCUUGUCCGCAGUGCCUCAGUACGCGAGCCACCGAAGACACAUCAGAACAGUGUGGCAGCUGUUGGUGGACUCAAUCAUCAUGCUGGGGAUAUUUCCCAAGACCCGCCAACCGAAAAGUCCAGGACCCCCCGCGACGCCAAGCGGAGAACGGUACAAGUCGAAUAUGUCGCUCCGCAAUCACAGACGACGAGAGGCGACCCCCCGGCGGAAUCCUCUGCACCACGCGGCCGACUCCCGGUCUCAGAGGCUCAAAGUGCUGCUUCAGCGCAAAGACCGGCAGACCCAGCCCGGCACGUUGCAGAAGUACCGGCACUCAACCUCAACAAACCACUUCCAGGACACUUCCCGCGCUCUACUUCGGACAAUGCAGCCCUUACUGGGACGCAAACAGCUACAGUGCCUCAAGGCCCUCGACCGGCCACUGGUGGAUCUAUGAAUUCUUUCGGCAACACCGGUCGUUUGCCUUCCCGUGGCUCCUAUGGUCAGCCGGUGGCUCCUACUGUUACCGCGACUAAUACAGAAGGCCGUCUGGCACAGCCCAAAAGCAGACAGUUUGCUCUUGCGCAGGAAUCCGCGCAAGCCUCGAGCACAUCUAUCUCUCGCCCAAGCACCCGCAACCCACAACUGCCUCCCACUUUCAACACUACUCCCCGACAAGAGCCACCAAAGGGCCACAAGAGGUCCAAUACUGUCUCGAGUCUGGGAGAGAAGCUUUUCGGUCGUUCAGGGUCGAUUUUGGGUGGCCGUACGCAAUACAAUGCUCCUCGCACAAAGCAGGACAGGCGUCCACCCCCUAGCAUGAAGGAGCCCAUACCGAGAGAAAACUCAAGAAUGUCUGUUGAUUCUCGCCACUCUAUGCAAUAUCCCCACAACCGCAAGCAAAGCGAGUCUGGCGCAGAGAACCGGCCACGUCGAUUCUCAUUGCUUCCACAAUCCUUCUCGUUCCGAGGUUUCUCGAAUGCCCGAGCCCCGACGCCCGAAGAAACCUCGCAGAACCGGCGACCCGUCGACGCUCGUGGCCCACAACGCCCCGCAACGGGCCCUGCAAGCCCCAACCAGAAUCGUGCUCGUGCGACAAGCUACGGUACUCAGGAUGCCAUGGGAGUAGUCAGCGAGCGAUCUGGCGAGGAAGUUCAACAUGGAUCUGAGCUUCUUAGCUACGAGGCUCAGAUUGAUCAGCAGUUCGCAGAUCUGGGAUCCCAAUUCGAUCACCAGAACGGUUCCUUUGGGAUACCAUCCGCUGAGCAAGUCUACCAGAACUCUGCAGAUCCAUACUCUGGUCAUCAAAACUCUCGGUCCAAGCCAAACUACUACGAUGAUUACAACAGCCCAUAUGACAAUGUGCCUAGACAGUCAAUGCAGGCUGGCCGAUCAGGGCGUGGACCCGGUGUUUUACAGAAGAACCACCGCAAAUUUGCGGACGCCUACGAAUAUGAGCGUGAUGGAUCACACCAUUCCGGCAGCUCCGGGGCAGCCCGCAAGGUCAUGGAUUUCUUCCGAAGACGUGCCAAGUCCCGCGCUGGCGAUGACCGUUGA